CCACGUUUAGUCUUCGACUUUUGAGAUUUAUUUUAUUUUAUGUUUAUUGUAUAUAUAUUUUCCUGAAACGAAAACCAGAAAAGGGAGGGAACUCUCAAUACUCUCUGGCUAUGGCGGUCAUGGGUUGAGAGCAUAACAAUUAGAAAUAAGAGAUGCGAUUUCGAAUUGAAUGAAUGAUGCAGGGACUCCACCAACAGCAGCAGCAGCAACUAGCGGGGCUUCUCUCCGUAGCCCUCCCCAAAGACGAUCCCUCCUCCUCAUCCACCUCCACCACCGCUUUUAACUCCGAAGACAACGACGCCGGUCGAAUCUCCGCCUUGAACUCACUCCAUCGCGCCAUUCUCUACACGCCCAACUCACUCCUCGUCACCCACUCAGCUACCUUUCUUGCCCAGGGCUUCUGUCAGCUUCUCUCUGACAAGUCAUACCCAGUGCGGAGGGAAGCUGCUGUAGGCUAUGGCGCUCUUUGUGCUGUUAUAUGUUCGACUCCUGUAACGUCAAAUGGUAGACCGAACCAUGUUUUACUUGGAACGUUGGUUGAUCGUUUCAUUGGUUGGGCAUUGCCUUUGCUGAGCAAUGUCAUCUCUGGUGAUGGGGCCGCAGAAUUGGCUUUGGACAGCCUAAGGGAGUUUCUAAAUGUCGGAGACAUUACUGCAAUUGAGAGAUUUGCUUUGCCAAUUCUUAAAGCGUGCCAAGUACUUCUUGAGGAUGAGAGAACCUCCUUGAGUUUGUUGCACCAGAUUCUGAGUGUUUUAACUCUGAUUUCAUUGAAGUUUUCUAGGACAUUUCAGCCUCAUUUUCUUGACAUUGUGGAUCUGCUAUUGGGUUGGGCAUUGGUGCCAGACCUUGCUGUAUCAGAUAGACGAAUCAUUAUGGAAAGUUUCUUGCAAUUCCAGAAACAUUGGGUGGGUAACUUGCAAUUCUCACUUGGACUGCUUUCUAAGUUUCUUGGUGACAUGGAUGCUUUGCUUCAAGAUGGAAGUCCUGGAACUCCACAACAGUUUCGAAGGUUGCUUGCUCUUCUUUCUUGUUUCUCAGUAGUUUUGCAGUCUACUGCAUCUGGGUUACUGGAACUGAAUUUAUUGGAACAAAUAAGUGACCCACUCAGCAAAAUGGUUCCGUUGUUGUUGGGAUGCCUAUCCAUGUUUGGUCAGAAGUUUGGGUGGUCAGAAUGGAUUGGAGAUUCAUGGAAGUGCUUAACUCUUUUAGCAGAAAUAUUGUGUGAAAGAUUUUCCACCUUUUAUACACCUACAGUUGAUGUCUUAUUUCAAAGCUUGGAAAUGACUUCUACCACACCAACAGUUGGAGCUGGGAACAUUACCUCAUAUCAAGUUCAUGGGGUUAUAAAAACUAACCUCCAGUUACUAUCGUUGCAAAAGUUUGGUCUCCUCACAUCAGCUGUGCAGAAGAUACUACAGUUCGAUGCACCAAUAUCUCAGCUGCGUUUACAUCCAAAUCAUUUAGUUACAGGGAGUUCAGCUGCCACGUAUAUUUUUCUACUUCAACACGGAAACAAGGAAGUUGUUCAACAAGCAGUGUCUUCAUUAAUUGAAGAGCUAGAGCUACUGAAGGAUUUGCUAGUGAAAAGUUUGGGUAAAGUAGAUGGAGUCAAUAGUGUUGAAAAUACUAAAGUCUGUUCGAAAUUUGAAUUGUGUGCAUUGAUUAAAUUUGAUUUGAAAGUUUUAUUGACUUGUGUUUUACUGGGUAGGGAUUCCAGUUUGAUUGGCCAAUUAGAUGUUCCACCAUUAUAUCUUAAGAGGUCUGAAGAAUUACUUUCUUUUAUUAUUGAGAAAUUGAAUCCUUUUGAUUUACCCGUUCGCACAGAUGUAGAGUUGCAAGUUAGUGUUCUCAAGACAUUGGAUAGGCUAUCUGAAGCUGAAUUUUUGAACAAGUGCUCUACAAGAAAUCAGAACUGUGAAAAAUCUUCUAUGGACAAUUCUGCUGAAAAUUUCAUUAUUCUUAACUGCUUCAUAAAUGAACAUUCAACUGUCAUUAUUGAGCAUCUUCGGAAGUACAGUCCUCUCUAUGUUAAAGGUCUCAACUAUUCUUCUCCUCUAGCAGUUAAAAUCGCAACGCUUUGUUGGAUCCAGAGAUUUUUUGAGAAUAUCAAUGCUAUUUACAAAAAAUCAAACCCGAAAACUUAUUUUGAUGAAGCUUUUGAAAAUGUGGGGAUUAUUAGGAAUGUGCUUUUCUCUAUUUUGAAUGCUGCAUCAGAUAGAGAACCAAAAGUGAGGUCACAUGUUGCAUUAGUUUUGAAGUUGCUUCUGCAAGCAAGGGUUGUACAUCCUUUGUACUUUUAUCACAUAGCUGAAAUGGUCCUAGACAAACUUGGUGAUCCAGAUAAUGAGAUAAAAAAUGCAUUUAUGAGGUUGCUUUCUCAUGUAUUACCAAUUACAAUGUAUUCAUGUGGGCUGCAUGACUAUGAGACAACUACAUCAUCUUGGUCCAGGGUUGUUAAAUUUGGCAAUGAUUCUAAUUUGCAUUGGAAGCAAAUUUUUGCCUUGAAGCAACUUUGUCAACAACUUCACUCACAACAACUUGUUUCUAUCUUGAGUUAUAUUUCACAAAGAUGGAAGGUUCCUCUUUCAUCUUGGAUACAACGCUUAAUUAAUGGUUGUCGUAGUUCAAAAGACAGUCUUUUAAAUCAAGUUGAAGAAGCAGGAAACUUUGGUGCCAAUGUUAAAUGGUUGGAUGUCAAAGUGGAUGAGAAUACUCUUGAGAAGAAUUGUUCAGUUAAUAAUUUGGCUGGUGCCUGGUGGGCUAUACAUGAAGCAGCUAGGUAUUGUAUUGCCUUACGACUUCGAACUAACCUUGGGGGCCCAACACAAACUUUUGCUGCGUUAGAACGGAUGCUUUUGGACAUUUCACACUUACUACAACUUGAUAAUGAGCAAAAUGAUGGGAACUUAAGUAUGAUUGGGGCAUCUGGUGCUCACUUGUUACCAAUGAGGUUAUUACUGGAUUUUGUUGAGGCUCUAAAGAAAAAUGUAUACAAUGCAUAUGAGGGUUCUAUUGUUUUACCAUUGGCUAGUCAUUCAAGUUCAUUGUUUUUUAGAGCCAACAAAAAAGUGUGCGAGGAGUGGUUUUCUCGAAUAUGUGAUCCAAUGAUGAAUGCUGGGUUGGCUCUGCAAUGUCAUGAUGCUACCAUUCAGUACUGUACUUUGCGUUUGCAAGAGCUCAGGAAUGUUGUGGCCUUAUCUUUGAAGGACAACUCUAGGGCCCAUAUAGCUGAUCACCUCCAUAGUAUCAAAAGUAGAUUUUCUAUGGACAUCAUGAAGGUUUUGCAUCACAUGGCACUAGCUCUCUGUAAGAGUCAUGAAUCAGAGGCUUUGAUUGGCCUACAUAAAUGGGUUUCCAUGAUGUUCUCUUCCUUGUUUGGGGAGGAAAACCAGGCUUUUACUCAUAAAGAAAUAUUGGGACCCUUUUCAUGGAUUACUGGACUUGUGCAUCAGGCUGAAGGUCAAUAUGAAAAGGCUGCUGCUCACUUUAUUCUCUUGCUACAAAGUGAGGAGUCACUUGGUUCCUUGGGCUCUGAUGGUGUACAAUUUGUCAUUGCACGUGUGAUUGAGUGUUAUACAUCUGUAUGUGACUGGAAGUCUCUAGAAUCUUGGCUAUUAGACUUGCAAGCACUUCGUGCUAAGCAUGCUGGGAAGAAUUAUUCUGGUGCUCUAACCACAACAGGCAAUGAAAUUAAUGCAAUUCAUGCCUUAGCAUGUUAUGAUGAGGGAGAUUUUCAGGCGACAUGGGCAUUCCUUGAUUUGACACCUAAAAGUAGCAGUGAGCUUACACUUGAUCCUAGCUUGGGCUUGCAUAGGAGCGAGCAAAUGCUUUUACAGGCUAUGCUUUUGCAAAAUGAGGGAAAUGAAGAAAAGGUGCCUCAUGAAUUGCAUAAAGCCAGAUUGAUGCUGGAGGAGACAUUGGCUGUUUUACCUCUUGAUGGGUUAAGAGAGGCUGUUGCAUAUGCCAUCCAAUUACAUUGCAUCUUUGUAUUUGAAGAUGGUUACCAGCUCAAAGACAGCCAAGAUAAAUUCAAACAACUUCCAUCAAUUCUAAGUUCAUAUGUUCAAUCCAUGCAAUAUCCAUCAUGCAGAAUAUAUGAAGAUUGUAAUCAAUGGCUAAAAGUAAUGAGGGUUUAUCGAGCAAUUUCACCAACAUCUCCUGUCACUCUAAAAUUGUGUGUAGAUUUAUUGGGUCUAGCUCGUAAGAAAAACAAUCUAAUGUUGGCUAGUCGUCUAAAGAAAUUUCUCAAGGAUCAUAUCUUGAGCUGCUCUGAAGAAAGAUACCAGGGUUUCCUUGUCUCAUCUCUGCAGUUUGAGGAAAUUAUGCUAAUGCACGCUGAAAGGAAAUUUGAAGAUGCUCUCACAGGCCUUUGGUCAUAUGUGCGCCCUUGCAUGAUCUCUUCUGCAUCUUUAGAUACCAACUCGGAUGACAGUUUUUUGAAGGCAAAGGCAUGCUUGAAACUCUCACUUUGGUUGAGGCAGAGUUAUACAGACUUGAGGCUUGAUAAGAUUGUUGCUGAUAUGCUUUCAGAUUUUGGGAGUUCUUUUGACACAGAUAGAUCCACCUUUAGUGAUGAAACCUCGAGUGGUAGUCCAAGUAUGGGUCCUAUUAUUGAGGAAAUGGUAGGUUCAGCUACAAAAUUGUCUACCAAUCUUUGUCCUACUAUGGGCAAGGCUUGGAUUUGCUAUGCUUCUUGGUGUUUAACUCAAGCUAGAGAUUCUCUUCUCAAUCCUCAAGAAAAUGUUGUCCAUACAUGCUUGUUUUCUCCUAUCCUCACCCAGGAAGUUCUACCUGGGAGAUUUAAGUUAAAUGAAGAGGAGAACACAAGGAUAGAAUCUCUGAUUACACAACUCUUUCAGAAAAAGUUUGAUAGUGACACAAUUUCUGCAGAGCAUUUGAGGAAUGAGAACCUUAUAAAGGUUUUGGUGCAGCAGGUAGUGAAUAUUAUUGAAGCUUCAGCUGGAGAACCUGGUACAGAAAACUCAGGCGAAGAAUGUUUUUCUGCCACUCUAGCUUCCAAGUUAAAAGUUUGCUUCCUGCAUAAAAAUUUGGGCUUAGAUGAAUAUGAAAUAUUAUCUCUAGUCAAUAAUUUAGUUGUAAUUUGGUGGACUUUGAGGAAGAGAAGAGUUUCAUUGUUUGGGCAUGCAGCUCAUGGCUUCAUACAAUAUCUUUCAUAUUCAUCUGUGAAGAUUGGUGAUGGUCAUUUAGCAGGCUUUGGUGUUGAGUUUCUGAAACAAAAAUCUAGUAGCUAUACCUUAAGGGCUACGCUGUAUAUUUUGCAUAUUCUACUCAACUAUGGGGUGGAGUUAAAAGAAACACUGGAACCUGCUCUGUCAACUGUUCCUCUAUCACCAUGGCAGGAUGUUACACCACAAUUAUUUGCUCGACUAACUACUCAUCCCGAGCUAGUGGUUCGUAGUCAAUUGGAGGGCUUAUUAAUGAUGUUGGCCAAGAAGUCUCCUUCUUCUAUUGUUUACCCAACUCUAGUUGAUGUGAAUGCCAAUGAAGAGCUUCCACAGGAACUUCAACACGUACUCGACUGUUUGACUAAACUUUAUCCAAGAUUGGUCCAGGAUGUUCAACUUAUGAUAAAUGAGCUGGGAAAUGUUACUGUUCUUUGGGAGGAGCUGUGGCUCAGCACGCUCCAGGAUCUCCACACAGAUGUAAUGCGGCGAAUAAAUUUAUUGAAAGAGGAAGCUGCAAGAAUUGCAGAAAAUGUUACUCUCAGCCAAAGUGAGAAGAACAAGAUUAACGCUGCUAAAUAUGCUGCAAUGAUGGCUCCUAUUGUUGUGGCCUUAGAACGUCGUCUGGCUUCUACAUCUCGAUAUCCGGAAACCCCUCAUGAGGUAUGGUUCCAUGAGGAGUACAGAGAACAGUUGAAAUCAGCCAUCUUACGCUUUAAGACUCCUCCUGCAUCAUCUGCAGCACUUAGUGAUGUGUGGCGACCAUUUGAUCAUAUUGCCUCAUCUUUGGCAUCUUACCAAAGGAAGUCAUCAAUUUCCUUAAGAGAAGUUGCACCACAACUUGCUUCAUUAUCUUCUUCUGAUGUUCCAAUGCCUGGUCUUGAGAAGCUUGUAACAAUAUCUGAAUCUGGCAUUAACAGUGCUAAUCUUAAUGGAACUGUCACAAUUGCUUCUUUCUUGGAGCAAGUGGAUAUACUGUCAACCAAAACUAAACCUAAGAAACUUGUUAUACUGGGUUCAGACGGUCUAAAGUACACAUAUCUUUUGAAAGGAAGGGAAGAUCUACGCCUUGAUGCGAGAAUCAUGCAGUUAUUGCAAGCUAUAAAUGGCUUUAUGCGGUCCUCUCCUGAAACUCAUGGUUAUUCUCUUGGGAUUCGCUAUUAUUCUGUGACUCCAAUCAGUGGUCGUGCUGGUCUUAUUCAGUGGGUUGAUAAUGUAAUAAGUAUAUAUACACUCUUUAAGUCUUGGCAAAGUCGCAAUCAACUGGCACAGCUCUCAGCAAUGGGUGGUGGCAAUGCAAAAACUUCCGUUCCUCCACCUGUUCCCCGGCCAAGUGAUAUGUUUUACGGUAAAAUUAUACCUGCACUUAAAGAAAAAGGCAUAAGGAGAGUAAUCUCACGAAGAGACUGGCCUCAUGAAGUAAAAUGUAAAGUUCUUCUUGAUCUUAUGGAUGAAACUCCUAAACAGCUUCUUCAUCAAGAAUUAUGGUGUGCCAGUGAAGGUUUCAGAGCUUUUAGCUCAAAACUGAAAAGGUAUUCUGGAAGUGUUGCUGCUAUGAGCAUGGUGGGCCACAUUCUUGGCCUGGGAGAUAGGCAUCUUGAUAACAUACUUGUUGAUUUCUGCAGUGGAGAUAUUGUACAUAUUGACUAUAAUGUUUGUUUUGAUAAAGGACAGAGACUUAAAGUCCCAGAGAUUGUUCCCUUUCGUCUUACCCAGACCAUUGAAACAGCAUUGGGGUUGACUGGAAUAGAAGGAACCUUUAGGGCAAAUUGUGAAACAGUGAUCGGCGUAUUAAGGAAGCACAAAGAUAUAAUAUUAAUGUUGCUAGAAGUGUUUGUUUGGGAUCCACUUGUUGAAUGGACUCGAGGGGAUUUCCAUGAUGAUGCUGCAAUUGGUGGUGAAGAAAGGAAGGGUAUGGAAUUAGCUGUUAGUUUAAGUUUAUUUGCUUCUCGAGUGCAGGAAAUUCGAGUGCCCCUACAGGAGCAUCACGAUCUUUUAUUGGCUACACUACCAGCUGUUGAAUCUGCUCUUGAGAGGUUUUCUGAAGCUCUAAAACAAUAUGAAAUUUCCUCUGCUCUCUUUUAUCAAGCCGACCAAGAGAGAGCUAACCUAAUGCUGCGAGAGACAUCUGCAACAUCGAUUGUUGCUGAAGCAACUAGUAGUUUUGAGAAAACUCGCGCAUCAUAUGAAAUUCAGUCCCGAGAAUUCUCUCAAGCAAAGGCUGUGGUUGCUGAGAAAGCUCAAGAAGCAGCAACUUGGAUUGAAAAGCAUGGAAGGAUUCUUGAUGCUUUGCGAAGCAAUUUAGUUCCAGAAAUUGAUGCCCGGAUAAAUUUAAGUAACAUGCAAGAAGCUUUGUCACUUUCUUCUGCUGUCGUGAUGGCAGGGGUUCCAUUGACCAUUGUUCCUGAACCCACACAAGUACAAUGCCACGAUAUAGACAGGGAAGUCUCUGACCUAGUGUCUGAACUGGAUGCUGGACUCUCAUCUGGACUAACAGCACUUCAAGUAUAUUCUUUGGCUUUGCAAAGAAUUUUACCUCUGAAUUAUCUUACAACCAGUGCAGUGCAUGGCUGGGCACAAGUUUUGCAGCUGUCUGUUAGUGCCCUUUCUUCCGAUAUCCUGUCUAUAGCAAAGAGACAGGCUGCUGAUCAUUUUGCCAAGACUCAUGGGGCUGAUCUUGAUUCUGUCAAACAUAACCAUAUAGAACUGUGUCUUCAAGUGGAGAAGUACAUGUCAGAUAUAGAGAAGGUUGAAGCAGAGUGUGCUGAGCUAGAGAGUUCUGUAGGCUUUGAGACUGAAUCAAAAGCUAAGGACCGUCUGCUGUCUGCUUUUACGAGAUACAUGCAGUCUGCUUGUCUUGAAAGUAAAGAAGAUGUAACUCUUCCAAUUCAAUCUGGACAAUCUAAAUAUGAUGGAAAAAAAAUAGUUAUAUCAGAAGAAUUGGAUGAGAAGCGGGAGAAAGUAUUAUGUGUAUUAAAUAUAGCUGUCAGUUCUUUGUAUAAUGCAGUCAAGUGUAGGUUGCUUGACAUCUUUGGUAGUUGCGUUGGAGGAGGAAAUGCAAAUAAUAGGUUUCAAUAUGAUUUUGAAACUAUUUUCUGUGAGUUUGAAGAGCAAGUGGAGAAAUGUAUGCUGGUAACAGAGUUUGUAAGUGAACUACAACAAUUGAUUGGUAUACCCAGUCUUGAGUCAGAUAAAGAUGAUUCUCAAUUUUAUUCUGAAAAAAGUUGGGCUUCGAUUUUUAGAUCAAGUUUACUAUCCUGUAAGAACUUAAUUGAGCAAAUGACUGAAACUGUUCUUCCAGAAAUAAUGAAAUCGGCUGUUUCUUUAAAUUCGGAGAUUAUGGAUGUAUUUGGAUCAAUUUCACAAAUUCGGGGUUCUGUUGAUUCAGCACUAGAGCAGUUUGUGGAAAUAAAAAUGGAGCGGGCCUCCUUGGCUGAACUGGACCAGAACUACUUUAUUAAAGUUGGACUCAUUACUGAGCAACAGCUGGCCCUUGAGGAAGCAGCUUUAAAAGGCAGGGAUCACCUCUCCUGGGAAGAAGCGGAAGAGCUUGCGUCACAAGAAGAAGCUUGUAGAGCACAGCUGGACCAUCUUCGUCAAACGUGGAACCAGAAAGAUGUCCGUACAUCUUCUCUCAUUAAAAGAGAAGCUGAUAUAAGGAAUUCCUUGGUUUUGUCUGAACGACAGUUUCGGUCCCUAGUUAGUGUUGAGGGUGAGAGUGGGCUGCAUGUCCUGGGAAGGAAGGCGUUAACUACUCUAGUUAAGCCUUUUUUUGAAGUAGAGUCAAUUGAUAGAGCUUUCUCUUCGAUUGGAGGUGCUUUUUCUUCUCAGUCAAAUGGAAUUUCUGAAAUUGCUGAUUUGUUGAGUUCUGGGCACCCUAUAUCUGAAUGUAUAUGGAAGUUUGGUAGCUUAUUUGAUGACCAGUCUUUCUUUGUUUGGAAAGUAGGAGUUAUCGAUUCUUUUCUUGAUGCAUGCAUUCAUGAUGUAUCUUCAUACGUGGAUAAAAAUUUUGGGUUUGACCAACUCUUUUCUCUGCUUAAGAGAAAGCUCAAGAUGCAACUUCAAGAACAUAUUGGUAAAUACUUGAAAGAACGAGUUGUUCCUACUUUAUUGGCUUGCUUAGACAAAGAAAAUGAACAUUUGAAGCAGCUGACAGAGGCAAUGAAUGAACUUGUUAUCGAUCAAGUGAAAAAUGAUAUUGGGGUUGUAAAAAAGGUGCAACAUAUGCUUGAUGAAUACUGUAAUACACAUGAAACUGCAAGAGCAGCAAGAUCAGCCGCUUUCCUUAUGAAAAGGCAAGUGAAUGAGCUCAGGGAUGCUAUCCACAAGACUGGCUUAGAGAUUGUUCAGAUGGAGUGGAUGCAUGAUGUGACUUUGAUUCCUUCACAUAACAGCAGAAUCAAAUUUCAGAAUUUUCUUGCUAGUGAUGACAGUUUAUAUCCUAUUGUUACAAACCUUAGCAGACCUAAGCUGCUAGAAAGUAUGCAUUCUGCCAUGUCAAAAAUAGCCAGGUCAAUGGAGUCCCUGCAAGCUUGUGAAAGAGCAUCACUUACUGCUGAAGGGCAGCUUGAGAGAGCAAUGGGGUGGGCAUGUGGCGGGCCAAAUUCCAGCACGACAGGAAAUUCUUCUAGUAAAACUUCUGGGAUACCUCCUGAAUUCCAUGAUCAUUUGAUGAGGCGUCAGAAACUGCUUUGGGAAGCUAGAGAAAAGGCAUCAGAUGUUAUCAAAGUAUCCAUGUCAAUUUUGGAGUUUGAAGCAUCUAGAGAUGGCAUUUUUCGAUUUCCUGGGGAGCUUUAUCCUUUCAGAACUGGCGGAGAUGGCAGGACAUGGCAGCAAGUUUACAUGAAUGCACUGACAAGAUUAGAUAUUACUUACCAUUCUUUCACUCGCACUGAACAAGAAUGGAAGAUUGCACAAAGUACCAUGGAAACUGCUUCCAAUGGCUUACAUGCUGCAACUACUGAACUUCGUAUUGCAUCUCUCAAAGCAAAGUCAGCUUCAGGUGAUUUACAGAACACCAUUCUUUCAAUGAGGGAUAGUGCUUAUGGGACCAGUGUGGCACUAGCAGCAUAUGGGCGUGUUUUGAAGACUCAUACUGCUUUGACUUCUGAAUGUGGUUCUAUGCUUGAAGAGGUCCUGGCAAUAACGGAAGAUCUUCAUGAUGUUCAUAAUCUGGGAAAGGACGCAGCUGGAGUACACCAUUCUCUUAUGGAAAAUCUUUCAAAGGCAAAUACAAUACUUCUUCCCCUUGAAACAGUGCUGUCUAAAGAUGUAGCUGCAAUGACCGAUGCUCUGGCAAGGGAAGGAGACACCAAGAUGGAAAUAUCUCCUAUCCAUGGACAAGCUAUAUAUCAGUCUUAUUAUUUGAGAAUUAGGGAUGCUUUUCAAACUUUGAGGCCAUUGGUACCUUCACUUGCAUUGUCUGUAAAGGGGCUCUAUUCCCUGUUGAUCAAGCUUGCGCAAAUCGCAAGUUUCCAUGCUGGAAAUCUUCAUAAGGCUCUUGAAGGUCUAGGAGAGAGUCAGGAAGUAAAAUCACAAGGAAUUGAUCAGUCAAGCGCAGACCUUACUGCUGAUGCUACUGAAUUUGAUGACAAGGAGAGAGAAAACCUCCCCACAUCAAAUUCUGGAAAUACUAAAGAGUUUCCCGCAUUUGCUGGUGCUUCUUUGGAUGAUAAUGAAUGGUUAUCUCCACCAAAUAGUAUCUGCAGUAGUGGUUCUGAAUCUGAUAUUACCUCACCUGAAGCAAGUUUUCCUGGUGAAGAAAUGGGACAACUUUCACAAGAUCUUGGGAGGAGAGAAUCGCCGGUUUAUCAAGAUUCUGUUCAUGUAGCUCAAAUUGACUAUGAAGAAAUUCCACUUUUUGGAAAGUCACAACCUGUAGCAGAGAUUGAUGAGACUUAUACUGGUCUGUUUAAUUCAGCAGCUAAUGAACCAAGCGAACAUCAGAAAACUAUAGCUUCACCAAGUGAUCGUAAACUUGCUGCUCCUGAUGCUUUGCAUUCUUCAAGUAAGAGCACAGAGGAAAACUUAGGCGGCAGUGAUGAAAAAGCUUCGCUGAACAAGGUUAAAAUUAAAGAUGAAGAUUGUGAAUCUCUUUUUCCUAAUACAAGUGCUGCUGCUCGAGCAGGCAGGGGCAAAAAUCCUUAUGCAAUGUCAGUCUUGAGACGAGUUGAGAUGAAACUAGAUGGUCAAGACAUUUCUGAUAACAGAGACAUUAGUAUCUCAGAGCAGGUGGAUUAUCUACUUAAGCAAGCCACUAGCAUAGACAACCUCUGCAACAUGUAUGAAGGUUGGACGCCAUGGAUAUGAACUUUGUAAAUUCGGUGAACAUUCAGAAUAAGCAGUGGUCUUGAAGAAUAUUUGAACAGAACAGUCAGGUAAUGGAAUAGCUCCAUGUAUUUCCAACCGCAGAGGCUUCCCUGGUAUUCCAUCCACUUUUGUGGAGAAAAGUGGGGAACCCCCAAAUUGGAAGUUCGACCUCAGAAGGCUGCUGCACCAUUGUUCUCACUUUCAGCUUCACAUGCUCCAGUUCCCUUCUUUCAAGAUGAGGCUGUAGACAGGUGCUAUAUUGGCCCACACACUCUUUUAGAAGACAGACUGCAUCAUGUGGAGUAUAAGUUAUUGAGUGUUGCAUUCAAGACACUGUUCCGACACUGGACCGUGUCCCAGAUGUAAAUGAGAGCGAAAGAACACUUGUAGGAUGGUGUAUCAUAUUUUUCCAACCAUGCCCACAGUUCUAGUGCUUUUGGAAGCCUUCCAGUUUGCCAUUCUCAACAACUAAAUGUGUUCAUGGUCGGAGUGAGAGUGUGCAAUGUGACAAGAUCUGUUCUAGGCAAGUUUGUUUGGACGUACGUGGAUUGCAUUGCAUGGCUCAGGUUAUUACAUGUAAAUUUGCGUAUUUUCAUUAUAGGUUUGUGACCUGAAGCAACUUUUUUUUUACUUGAAAAUACUUUGACUAAACUGAGUUACUCAACUUAUGUUUUGUUAGAUCUGUUAUUAACACUGUAUGAGAUGGUCUAAUGCUAAAGGGCACGCCACCACAAGGUGUUAUACUAUAAUAGUAUAAUUUAGUAUUA